AUGGCCAGUGCACAUAGGGCUGGAAUGGAGCAGGCGGCCAGUGCACACAGGGCUGGAGUAGAGCAGGCGGCCAGUGCUCACAGAGCUGGAAUGGAGCAGGCGGCCAGUGCUCACAGGGCUGGAAUGGAGCAGGCGGCCAGUGCACACAGGGCUGGAGUAGAGCAGGCGGCCAGUGCUCACAGAGCUGGAAUGGAGCAGGCGGCCAGUGCUCACAGGGCUGGAGUGGAGCAGACGGCCAGUGCACACAGGGCUGGAGUAGAGCAGACGGCCAGUGAUCACAGGGCUGGAGUAGAGCAGACAGCCAGUGCUCACAGGGCUGGAGUAGAGCAGAGGGCCAGUGCUCACAGGGCUGGAGUAGAGCAGAUGGCCAGUGCACACAGGGCUGGAGUGGAGCAGACGGCCAGUGCUCACAGGGCUGGAGUAGAGCAAACGGCCAGUGCACACAGGGCUGGAGUGGAGCAGAUGGCCAGUGCACACAGGGCUGGAGUGGAGCAGACGGCCAGUGCACGCAGGGCUGGAGUGGAGCAGAUGGCCAGUGUUCACAGGGCUGGAGUGGAGCAGAUGGCCAGUGUUCACAGGGAGCAGAUGGCCAGUGCACGCAGGGCUGGAGUGGAGCAGAUGGCCAGUGCACGCAGGGCUGGAGUGGAGCAGAUGGCCAGUGCACGCAGGGCUGGAGUGGAGCAGAUGGCCAGUGCACGCAGGGCUGGAGUGGAGCAGAUGGCCAGUGCACGCAGGGCUGGAGUGGAGCAGACGGCCAGUGCACGCUGGGCUGGAGUAGAGCAGAUGGCCAGUGCACACAGGGCUGGAGUAGAGCAGAUGGCCAGUGCACGCAGGGCUGGAGUGGAGCAGAUGGCCAGUGCACACAGGGCUGGAGUAGAGCAGAUGGCCAGUGCAUGCAGGGCUGGAGUGGAGCAGACGGCCAGUGCACACAGGGCUGGAGUGGAGCAGAUGGCCAGUGCACACAGGGCUGGAGUAGAGCAGAUGGCCAGUGCUCAUAGGGCUAGAGUGGAGCUAUGA